AUGGGAGGCGACAAUGGUACAGACAUAACAGAGUUCAUUUUAUUGGGGUUCUCAGGUUUUGUGUUUGUCCAGGGCCAUCUGUUUUGGGGUGUGCUGUGUAUGUAUGUGGUCACCUUGCUGGGCAACUCUCUGAUCGUCCUCCUCACGCUGGCGGACUCAGCCCUCCACUCCCCCAUGUACUUCUUCCUUCGGCACUUCUCGCUGGUGGAGAUCCUCUACACCACGACCAUUGUGCCUAGGAUGCUGGCUGACCUCCGGUCUUCCUGCCCCACCAUCUCCCGUGCCAGCUGCUUCACUCAGCUAUAUUUCUUUGCCCUUUUUGGCAUUGCCGAAUGCUGUCUGCUCACUGCCAUGGCUUAUGACCGAUAUGCUGCCAUCUGCUGUCCACUGCAUUAUACCACCAUGAUGAACCAGAGAGCAUGUGUGGGCAUGGUGGGAGUCUCUUAUCUUGCAGGCAUCAUCACUGGCACCUCUCACUCUGUCUUCAUCUUCACUUUGCCUUUCCGUGGUGCCAACACCAUCCAUAACUUCCUAUGUGACAUCCUGCCUGUGCUGAGCCUGGCUAGUGCAAGCACGUUCUGGGCUGAAGUGGCAGAACUUAUCAUUACAACAGCUUUUAUCUUUGUGCCCUUCUUGUUGAUUGUGGCCUCCUAUGCCUAUAUUAUUGCUGCUAUCCUUGGUGUUGCAACAUCCCAGGGACGUCAAAAGAUCUUUUCUACCUGCUCCUCCCAUUUGUUUGUGGUCAUACUCUUUUAUGGGACUGCGACUGCUGCCUAUAUGAGGCCUCAGGCAGAUUCUUUUGGGGACACAGACCAGAUUCUCACCAUCUUCUACACAGUUGUCACCCCUAUGUGCAACCCUUUUGUUUACACUCUGAGGAAUAAGGAGGUCACGGGCGCCAUGAAGCGGCUCAUGAAGAGAUAUCUUUGUGGUCCUUGA